GCAGACUGUAAUAAAAAUACAGUGUAUGAAGAAUUGUUUAAAAAACCAAUAAAUACAAAAAAGUUCACAAAGACUUUCUUUAAGACAAUCUACAGGAUUCUUCCCCUGCCUUUACACCCCCUAGCCAGUCCGUACAUGCCUCAGCGACUCUCCAUGUGUCUGUUGAACAGAGCUCACUUCCUGGCACUUUGAUAAUUUCUAACCACAUCAUACAAAGCAAGUUAUCAGAGCACAGUCAUAUAUGUGCAUUUAGAUUGGUGGGGAAAAUCAAUCACUUGAUUUCCUAUUAAUUUGCCUAUUAGUCUUUUUCCUUGUUUAUUUUUCCAAAGCCCCCUUUUUUUGUUACUUUGUCUUUAAGGCUAUGGGUAGGUACAUAGCAGAUGCAUCCAACGCACUGUUAAUAUUUUAACGAGAAUCUCAAUGGCAGCGGACUUACUUAUUUUAUGUUUAACAUACUCGCCUAUCUCUCUCUCUCUCUCUCUCUCUCUCUCUCUCUCUCUCUCUCUCUCGUAAAUUCUGAGAUGUAGAUUGUGGUAAUCGGGAUCUUGACUGGAAAGGAUCAAUUAGAGAUCACUUGUCUGGGUGGGACAUUGUGGCACCUAAUCCCGGCACUUGGGAGCUGAAGCAGGCAGAUUGCAAGUUCAAGGCUAGCUUGCUUGCCUGAGCUACACAGCAAGUUUUGCACAGGUUGGACUGUACUGAAAAAUCUGAUCUUUAAACUAAGCAAGCGAGCGAGCGAGCGAGCGAGCGAACAAAGGCAAACAACCACAGCAACGAAACCCAGAAAAUUAAAAUCAAAACAACAAUUUAAGAGUGUUAAUAUGUAUUUAAUCAAUCGGCUGGUCUGUAUUCCUUCCAUACUUUAUGAAUCUGGAUGUUAUCAAUGUCCCAGAAGAAUGCAGAAUUAAAAAGAGACACUCUCAGAGUUCUUAUUAGAAGGCCAGUGCUGUGUUGUACCUCAGUAGGACCAAAUAUACUGUGUCCUCUUCCAUAAUCCUGCUGCUGGGGUGCUGGGCAGCCACCUCGGUUGCUACGGUGCUUGCCACACAAGCAUGAGGAUAUAAGUACAGAUUCCGAGAGACCACAUCAAAGUGGGCAUGGCUGUGUACACCUGUAGUCCCCGUGUCCUGGCAGUGAGCAUGCAGAGAUUAAACAGAGCUCAGGAUUCACUGGCAAGGAUGCCUAGCUGAAAGCUGGUGAGGUUUGUGUCCAGUAGGAGACUCCGUAUUGAAGGAACAGGAAAUAAGGAAUACAGCGGUAAGCGGGAUGCCUCAUGUUCUCCUAUGCCCCUCCCUCCACUCACACUACAGAGCUAAGCUUACAAACCCACAGACCUAAGUGAACUAUCCAGAAUUGGGGUGGUAGGUAAUCAAAAUCUCAGUCAGUCUUUAAAGACUUGGGAAUGAAACCAAAGGGAAGAAAAGAAAGGAUUUCACCUUCCCCAGAUUUAGGAGGGUGUGGUGUCAUGGGCUACGAGUAGUUUGACAUGUGCUGUCCUGUAUGGGAGUCCAGAGUCCAACCUCCAUGGAGGUCAAAGCACUGGACCUCAGAAAAGAAGCCUGGCUCCAGUGGCACCGUUCUCUUUGGUAUUCAUGUCCUUGCUGCUUGUAGCAGGGAGAGACUCCUUGAGAAGUGUCGAAUGUGCCAAAUUUAAAAUCUCCGAGGUAGCAGUUUCUGCCUUUAAAAUAUUCCUCAGCUUCUCCCCCGAGUGCUUCCUGUUCAUCUCUCGAUGUUUGAAUCUCUACAGGAAUUCUGACUCUGCCACAGCACCUUGGACCCAAGAAUACAUCUCAAGUUAUGCUUCCGUAUUCUUUUAAUUUUUCUAAAAAAAAAAAAAAAUUCUGCAUGCUCAGCACUUUGGAGACUCAUCUAUUUCACAAACGCUUGAGUAAAUUUAAUUGUGCAGUGUUGAAAGCCCUUCCUCGACACAUUGUCGUUCAUUAAUAACAGAGGGAGCCAUGGGGCGUGGUUAUUAUUAAAGACACCUUGGAUUCAUGCAAACCCACCCUUCGAACGAAUUUGGUAACGUCCACAUUCUAGCUCACAAGACCUAGAUUUGAAGGUCAGUGCUCUUAUCGUCCUGUUGAUCAAAGCUCUUAGUCAUUAUUAACCGUCUUGGUUCCCACCAGUAAGAUCUCGGAGUGGUGGCACGAUGACACUCAUUUCUAUUGCUUCCUAUCCUGCACUGUUAGAAUGCCAGUGGCUAAAAGAGACGAUCAGGAGACCUGCGAAAGCCAGAGACUAUGAAAAGUAUGAAUGUGAGGAAAUGUCUGUGUGUCUAUGUGAAUGCGUUCAUGUGCAUGCGUGUGCCACAUGUGGGCAUGCGUGUGUGUGUGUGUGUGUGUGUGUGUAUGUGUGUGUUAUAUGUAUGUGUGCGUAUGGGUGCAUUUGCUCAUACAUGCAUAAGUGGAGACCAGACAUAAGCUGUAUCACCAAGUCUUGAUUUUAUGCAAAUGUGGGGGAUCCAAACUCAGGUCCCCAUUCUGGCACAACAAAGCCUUUACUCACUGACCCAUCCCCCUAACCCCUGCCUUGACUCUCGAUUAUGAACGACUGUGAAAGACAAUAUUGAGAAUUUGACUGGAAAAUGUGAAGACCAGUCAUAGUCUAACCUCUCCUUCUUGGGAAGUCAGAGGUCUUCCUCUUUCCCUGCCCUGUCAUGGAUGAUGGAUACCACAAAGGAGCCAGUUUCUAAGGAAUAUUAAUUUGGUCAGAGUCUCUAGAAACCACACCAGCUGAUCUGAGAUGGGGAUGUUCUUGGCUUUCAUAGCCUUCCCUUUCAUCUCUUUUUCUUCCCGAGCCCCAAGGCUAUGUGUGGCAGUUACAAAAGUAUAGGAAUGACUCCAGACCAAAUCUUUGGCCUGUGUCUUUAUUUGGUUAUCCUCUCUAGGAUCUUGGCCCAGUAACCUCUAUCUUCCAAAGCCCCAGGGGUGGAUCUGCAUCUCUUGGGUUGGCAGCUUGAACCUAAUGACAAAUGAAUGGCAGGGACUCUAGGAGGAAAUAGAACUUGGCUCCCAGAUAACACCCUUUGGCCAAGAAUAAUGGGCUUUGUCACAGAAUCCUCUAUGGUAUACAGGUAAUAGGCAUCCAACUGUGGGAGGACUCCUUUUCUCUCUCCUUAUGGAGAGAUGGAGACAAUUCUCUUGCCCCUUCCUUUCACCAGAGCUCAGGGGGCGCGCGCGCAUAUAUACUUACACACUCACACACAUUCACACUUACACACUCACACACAUUCACACUCACACACACUUACACUCACAAUUACACAUACAUUCACAUACACACACACUCACACACAUACACACACUCACACGCUCAUACUCACACAUACACACUCAUACUUACACAUACACACUCUCAUACACACUCACACGCUCGCACUUACACAUAUUCACACACAUACACACUCACACACACUCACACUCACACACACUCACACUCACACACACACUUACAUGCACAUACACACACACACACACACACACACACACACACACACACACACACACACGGUGUCUUACUUCCUCCAUCCAGCCCCACCUCCCAGUAGGCAGUUCAGCCUCUGGAAUUCUCAGUGGGUUGAUUCCUUGAUGAGAAAAGCUUGCCUCAAUGCUUACUGGGUAGCAUUAUUAUCUGGGAUCAAGUCUUCAAUGCACAAGCCUUUUAGGGGUACAGCUUCUAUUAAACCAUAACACACUCCCCAAACAAAAGAAAAUCAAAUUUCCCUUAUGAAGAAAAUCAUCCAGUUUUUCACCCUGACACACCUAAGCAGACACUUACAACCUAGGAAUAGUUUAGAGUGAAAUGACAGACCUUAAGACUACUUGAGCCACAUGCAACCUACAGCACAUGCCACUCCCUAUUGCCUCAGCCUCAUUGCCCAAGGAAAAGGGCUCUGCUGACCAUGCAGAAUGCAAAUACAUUUCCAUUCCCCUUCUUCCUGUGAAGAGCAGGUAAUACCUGGGGGAGCCCUGCCUGGAAGAGUUUGAAUACUCUAUAUGUUGAGAGCGUUUGGAAUAGAAUGACUGUGGCAUCCUACCCAGCUCUCCCUUGAAGAAUCUCACCAAAGGAUAAAACUUUACAAACUGUGCUCUGGGCUGAUAGCAUGAAAAUUUUCCCAGGUGGUGAAGAUGGCAACAUGUUUGUAACCAACCAGAAUACCCAGCAAGAUAGAGGACAGAGUGAACACCAGGUUAGUCAUAGUCCUCCUUAGCUCUACCCAAUAACAGACAAUUUAGGGCGAACAGAACAGAUCCAUCCCACAGCUCAGCAACACCUGCCAAUCAUACCUUCCAGCCAUGAUUCCCAGCCCACUUCCUCUUCCUCUUUCUUGCACCCGUGAUGGUCACUAUGUACUUGACUCCACACCUCAGAGAAAACUCCAGGAGGAGACAUUGGCAAAAGUACCAAGGAGGCCAAGAGGAACUGUACCCAAGGCACCUCACACGUUUAGACCCUAUCCAGUCAUCCAGUCAUACCAACCCGAUGAUGUAUCCACUGCCCGGAUUUGCUUUUCUGGGAAUUUUUUUCUCUAGCUCUGUGCUAUAUACUAGUAGAUGGGUUCAAGUGAAAAAAAAUAUGAGAAACCUUUUGUUUUGUUUUGUUUUAAGACGAGAAUAGAACUUAGCCUGCAAAGAUAGCAAUUACAUGUACUUAAAAUAUUCUUCCCUUAAGCAAAAUAAGGAAUUGUCUAAUCUGUCUUCAGAGUACACAUUAUGAAACCCUGGAGACAUUCAGGCCAGACAGCCAUGGAACACUUGGAGCAUCUCACCCUGUUUCUCUGAAAUGAGGGCACUGUGACUGGAUUGCCUACUGCAGACCUGGACCCCUGUAUGGACUGACAUACAUACUUUUCCCCCUACAUGCAGACCCGACUAUUCCUUCACUACCAUAUCACCCGACACAAUUUAUCACUUGAAGAGACCUCCUGAGCCACAGUGUGGUGGCUUUACACAAGAAACCAUGUGACCUCAGAAUUUACAGAAGGAAUUAUGACUGUGACACCACAUAGACCAUCAGCCAGACAAUAGUCUUUAAAAAAAUUAGGCUGACUCUCACCAAUUUUAUUUUACAUGCUAGUUAUGUACAGCAGUGUGCUAACUUCUCAAAAGGCUACUUUAUACAUAAUACCAUUUUUCAAAAAGCUAUAAUGUGGGGCAAGAUGGCUCAGUGGUUACAGGUGUUUGCUGGCAAGCCUGGUGAUCUUUCUUCAGUCCCUUGAACCUACACAGUAGAAGGAAACAACUGACCUUUCAAAAUGUCCUCUGCUAUCAACUUGUGUGCUGUGGCCUAUGUCCCACCCCACAGUAGAUAAUAAAUGUAAAAAUAAAUGAAAAGCUUCAAUACGAAAAUAUUAACAUAAAAAUGUAUUCAAACCCCUUUGGUACCUCCUGUUGAAUGUAGAUGCCAUUCACUCUCUAAGGGAACAUGGGAAAUUGUCAAAGCUUCUUCCUCCACAGCCUUAGAGCACAGAGACGCUGACAGCAGGAUAGAGAGGCCAUGCACCUUUGUCUAUCCCCAACUUCAAGGAUAACACUGCCCAGCACAAUGCCUGGCACAUCCUUAAGUACAAGACGACAAUGAGCUGGAUAAAAUCAUCAAAAUAAAAACAGUUCUAGGACAGAGUAAAGUAUAAAAUAUACAGGAGGACUAAGGGAGUCUGAGGAGACUGAUCAGAAAGAUUGAGGACACUAACCCAGGGCGAGAGGCUGUAACAUCGCAAAGGCAAGACUAUACUUAGGCAAACUGUAACCUGGUUCAAAUCCUGGCCCUGACCCACACUAUCUGGGCAGAGCUGCCUAUUCUGAACCCUGUUCUCUGGACCUAUAAAACACUCAUGAUGUCUUUAAAGGCAAGGGCUGAGAUUUAAGCUUUCUGCAUAUGGAAUAUAGAAGCCCCACCCAACCCCAGCGAUCUAUUAGAAGAAACAGAAACAGAGGAUUGCAAGAGGGACCUGUAAGUGCUUAAGUAGGAAGCAUGAGCAGGAACCGUAAGGAAAAAUGGCAGUUGCUAGGGUCAUAACAUCUUGGAGAUGUAUGGGGGUACCAUUGUCACCUGUCUUAUCCCCUAAGCCCAGACUGACAUACACAGAGGUGGUGAGUUAGAGACAUCUGCCCUCAUUUCUAUUCUGCUCCAUCCCAGAGGCUGCUGUGGUUCAGCUUCUAGAUGCAGAACCAUGUUGCCUGGCCCAACCCGUCCACAGAAACAGUUACUUUGACAGAAUCAUCCAAUCUAGGGGAACUGUGGUAGAAUUGCUCAAUGUAGAUGCUUGAUAGAGACUCUCUGUCUAUGUCUGUCUCUCUGGUCUCUCUCUCUCUCUCUCUCUCUCUCUCUCUCUGUGUGUGUGUGUGUGUGUGUGUGUGUGUGUGUGUGUAUGUGUGUGAUCUGUAUGUUCUUGCCAAGUUAACACCCUCCAGCUAUUUGCCUGACUUGCCUACUGCAUUCUCAUAUUUGGGUACAUUUUCUCUGUCUCUCUGUCUCUCUGUCUUCUUGUCUCUGUCUCUCUCUGUCUGUCUCUUUCUCUCUCUGCCUCUCCUCCAUCUUUCUGAAUGUGUCUCUCUGUGUCUCUGCACCCCCCCACACACACACACACCUGUUCUCUGCUCAUCCAGUCUUUUUCAGGUGAACUUUUAGGAAAUGUCCUAUGUUGCUUUACAUUGUCUGAGAUGGUUUAGUGGUUUAGUACGGGUGAAAAUGUUAUAAAGAAAAGACUUUGGCUUUCCUUCAGGUCCCUCCAUUAUGUGAGGCAAAAUAAAAUAAAAUUAAAAAGUUACACAAAAGUAGGAGAGGCCCAAGAAAGCAGGUGUCCAUAGUGCAGGACAAGGCAGAAAGGGAGAAGGUUUUGUUUGAAAGGAUCGCAUUUGGGGGGAAGUAGGAACCGGAUGUGUUGAAGAUUAAGUUUUGGGGGUGGGGGGAGUCAAAACAAUUGACUGGUCCUUUGAAAUCUUGCCAAGAGCCAAGAACCAGGACCAGUGACAGAGGGGCGAGCCAGGUAGGGCAAUUAAAAUGGAAAUCAGCUUUCCUGCCGCACGUCUGUGGAGCAGGGCUACAGAAUCUGCUGCAGGGGGAGGUGGGGCCAAGUCUGGCACAGUCUGUGGGUUUGAAAGAAGCUGGGCGGACUGGAGAAUGCCAGCUAGCCUUUGUAGUUCUGAGCUCAGAGAGGGGGUGACAAACACUGGGCUUCGGGUCACAAGACUGGCUCUGAAUCUUUUGGAGAAGUUUCCUCUCAGUUCCCAAACACUAUAUUCAAAUCUAUUCGCCCCAACCUUAGUCUCCAAUCCCAGCCUCAGUGUGUCCUGGCCAGUGGAGGGGAUUUCAACUGUUUUCCAGUUGGCUGAAGGAUGGGGUCAACUCUCCUCCCAGUUCCCUAGAAGCAUCCGCUGGAUGGAAUACAACAUCUUUGCAUAUUUCUCUUCCACUUCCCACUUGAUUGCACCUCCCAAAUCUCUAAGUCAAUCCCCAGGACAACGUUGCUUUGAGAGAAAAAAUGUGGUGAGCCAACUUGAAAAUGCAGACUCCAGAGGCCCCCAUGUGUCCCCGCCGCUGCUAGACCCAGACAACAGACCCAAGGUGAUGGACACUCACAGAGAAAGUAGUAGGUGCUCUAAGUCUUUCCUGUUGCUAUUUCAUUUAUUGUUUUCAAGGCUUGGCUCAUCUCCAGGAUCAGGCUACCCAAAGUGUGCUUGGACUCCCUGUGUGUCUCUGUCUCUGUGUCUCUUGUCUUUUCUCUCCCCCCUGCCCACCUUUUUUUCCUUCUCAGCAAAAAUAAAUAGUACCCUCCUCACCCUUGGAAUGGUUUAUUAAAACAACAAACUGCUUCUUUUUCAUGGUUCCAGUCUUGGCUUGAAGAUAUGUGAGGUUGUCCUCUACGUGCCUACCCUCCACACAGUAUUCAUUCUAUUAAAACGCACCCGCAUAAGCUUACAUGAUCUGUAUGGAAGUUCUCCACAACAAAUACUGUAGAGUCGAUGUGAUAAUGCUAAGCUUAUCCCAAGACUUUCACAGAUGUCUUCUCUGAGAGCUCUCUGUACAUUGGUGCUUUGUCAGAGGCGUAGAAGACUUGAGAAGGAGGGUGUGAUUCAGCUGAUGCAGACUCAUCCCUGACUCUUUCCUGUGGCUCUUCCCUCUCUCCACCUCCCACCCCAGCUCCUCAGACCUAACCUGAGCCAGCUGUCAGUUCAACACCGUCUACUUCUCUUUCCCAACCUGGUUAGACUACUGGGCAGUCAACCGCUUCUCAUGAUCACAUUCAUUAUGUUUGUGGCCUCUGCAUUAACAUCAGACCAAGACAUAGGGUGAACAAUAGCAUCUACUCCCUCCAAUAUCUCUCAGUCAGAAGUAAUGUGGCCAAUGUAACAACAGUGACACUAAUAUUGGAGUUAGAAGCUCUCUAGCUCAUCUAAUCUUCUGAGAGUCUUACGGUUGUUAACUAAUUAAUCUUCACCAUACUCCAUACCUUAGAGGUAAAUAUUCUUAACCGUGACAGAAGACAUGUUACGUAUAUGCUGAGGACAGUAAAACAGCUACUCCUUUAUCAUGGGCCGCUUGAUAGAGUAGCUGGUAUUUUUAAGACACCCAUCACAGAUACAAUAAUUAGAGAUAUGCUUUUGCUAACAAAGCCACUACCCACUUCUAGCGUACCCUUGGGUACUAAAUAAUUACCCACUUUGUGUGGUUAUCUAGCUCACUAAUUACCCACAGAAAUUGGGGUCAGGUGUUAACUGCUUGAAAUAAGUAUCCUCUGAAGACAUGGCGAGUUGUAUGGAGAAAAUGAUGUGUUCCUUAGGCCAACUUUCGCAAGUCAUGUAUUUGUGUAUCCGUGUAAGCAAACCGAACACAGGCAAGGACAAAUUAGCUUAGUGUGGGGAAGUUAUGCUAAACUGUUACUGCAAGUCAGAGGGGUUUGGAGAAUUUCGUUCUGUUUGUCUUUCCUUUCUGGUUGGGUGCAGUUCCCUGCUCUCAGGCCCUCACAGAUACAAGACAACCAAGGAAUCUCCUUAGGAAUGCGUCAUCUUGGCAUUACAGGGAGGCACCCAAUGAGUCAAAGAUUUUUUUUUGACAGCUCCACCCUUCUUGAUUAUUUUAGCAUGUUUCUCUCUCCCUUCCUCCCUCUCCCUCCCCUCUCUUUUCUUUAUCAGUCUAGUACAAACACCCAAGCAGUCAAAUCUGAAAAAGAUUCUGACCCAGUCACCAACUCCUGGCAAACACCUUCUUCCUUCCUAGUCGUGACAAAAAAAAAAGUGUUGAAGAUCUUCCAACAUUGUGGAACUUGUACUCUUAGGCCCGUUUGACUUCUUCCUCCUGCUUUUCCUCCUCCUCUCUUCUCUUCUCCUCUCUUUCCCCCUUCCUCUGGUGCCUCAUCUCCAGCCCUCUUCCUUCUCCUUCGUUCGGCUUCCAGCCGUGCAUCUGAAGUCUCACCAUCAGAGACAAAGCACAAUGAAAGUCUGUGAGGAGCACAAAGAAACUACCUUUUAAAACACCCACUUGCAGGGAACCUGCAUCCUUGGCUGCCUUCCCCCCUUUCUUGCUAUUUACAGAACCCCGUAUUCUAUUUUAACACAGCACUGUCUGUUGUCUGCAGGAUUCUAUCCUCAUUGGGAAAACUGGGUUAAGGCAGCAGUAUACCCUGUGUUUAUAGAUAGGCAGAGACCCUAAUUUAGGGAGUGGUACGGACCGUGAGAGGACACUGUAUAAAAGGCAAGCAUUUAAAACCUGCGACAGCAAGACAGCAAACCCUUCAUCUCCCAGGGAAUGGCUUCUAUUUUUUCUUGCAACCCCCCUCUUUUUCAUCAUCCGAAGUAUUGCUUAUCAUUAUUGAAGGACAUUAGACUGAUCAAUAAAGUAUGAAUGUAUCUGAUGAAUAUGGGAGGAUACAAACGCUCUGGGAAUCAGAAAAUAUGUCUGCUGCAGAAGCCAAGGGUUUGUCUGAGCAGAGGAGACUGAUUGAGUAGCUUUCCAAAACCCAGGAACGUAAGUGGCAAAUUAGUGCACAUUGCAACCGGAGGCAACCAGCAAAAUUCAACCAUUCAAAGGCAAGAGUUUUAGCAUUACGGUCAUUGUGCGCCCGAAGAGUGUGUGUGUAUCUUAAAUAUAGACUGGAGUCAUUGCUCUUUUAUGCUUUCACACACAAAUUUCAAAGAAAUGUUUAGGGCGUUGUUGACGAUCUGCCCGUUAAAAAGAAAAGGAACAAGAAAAAUUUCACAAGAAGCCUCACCUGCGCUCAUCCACACACGUGUGUGGAUGCCAAACAAUUGGUCCAAAGAACCACACUACACCAGACAGAGGUCUUACUUCCUCACAUUUCCCAUCUUGAAUGAGCCCCCCCCCACCCCAUAAAUGGGCUACCAGAACUGUAGAUCUAGCAAGAGAAUAUAUAUUUAUGUACAUAUGUAAUAUAUACUAUAUGUGUGUAAUAUAUACUUAUAGUAAUAUAUAUAAUAUAUAUACAUAUAUAUUACAAUGUGUAGGUUCCCUGACCCGAUGGUGUAUUUUUGAUCUCAUUAGUAGUCAGAGAGAUGUGUCCGUGCAUCCGGUGCUGCUAGUCCGGGAGGAGACAUGCUACAGCACAGAGAGAGUAAGCUCGAGAGCAUUUUCGAAGAGGCUUGUCUUCAAGAUAUAGAAGGAAGUGAGGGAUGACAGCCUGCAAGCUUUGUAAGCCAAAGCCUGGCAGGGUGGGAGGGGUAGGGGAGAGAUGCGAGGGAAGCCAAGUGGAUUCUCAGAAAAGGGGGGAAGCCAUCAAAGAGCUAAAGGUGAUUAGAGAGGGGUAUCGAUUCCUUACUCUGCCAGAGGUUUAAGCAGGCAUGUGAGGAAUCUGUACCAUGGUUGGCAGAAAGAGACCCAUUGCCUCCUGUAACCAGACACUGGGGCUUUCCAGGAGCCCAGGGAGAGAGCCGAGAAGAAAGGGGGCAGUGUGGUCUAGGAAAAUUCAACGUGUCGCUGAUUUGUGCCUGAUGCUUGCUGUCCGUCAGCAGCCUCCCUUACAAGCCUUUUUUUCCUCUCUCUCCUUUUUUUCUCCCCUUGCCUUCUUCUUCAGUGAAGCCUAGGGGAGCCAGUAAAGAUUAAAUGUGCUUUCUCAAAGGCAGCCACUUCAUGCUGCUAUGUCGAAAGGGCUAUUAUUAUUAAUAAUAUGAGAGAGAGAGAGAGAGAGAGAGAGAGAGAGAGAGAGAGAGAGAGAGGCUGACUAGGUAUGGUGAUGACGAUCUAGCUUUUUGGAGAGAAAAAGGGAGAGAAAAAAGGAGAGACCAUGAGCUGAACCAAGGACUGUACAUGAGCUGAACCUACAGAGGAAAGCACGGCUUCCAGGCAGAGGAGGUUGGAGAAAGCGACUCUAUCAGGUACAGCACUAGUCGCUGUCUGUGAAGAUGGAGGGGGAUUAUGCCUCGGAUUCCUCUGAAAUAUUGGCCAAAGGCUUCAAAGGAUCCGCAGCGGGAGGCGAGGGUGGGGGAGCAUCUCCCCAGCUCGCACCCACCCCUUCCCACUUUGCGUCUACCAAAUGACAGGCUGGUGCUCGCUCUGGGUGAUUUUGGCCUUGGCCUCAGCCAAGCAGCUGAUGCAGAGGAGGGCCAGGUUUGCAAGACUGACAGAACUCUGAAUGCUAGAGAAAGAAGAAGAAAAAGAAAAAGAUUUUUUUCUUUUUAAAUCGAGCUGUCCUUGGGAAAUUUUCUUGUUCUCUCUCGAUUUUUUAAUUUAUUUUAAAUUUUUUAACCGACUAUUUCCCAAAUUCGAUCGGCCCCAGCCCCUCCCUCCUCUCCCACCCAACUGCCUUCCCCCCAACCCCCAACCCCGGUCAAAGCAUAAACCACAGAGUUACGGUCUUCUCUGGAUUUUGGAGUAUCGCUUCCUGCCCCCGCCUUCCCUCCCCGCCCCAUUCUCUGUCCUAUUGAACACCUCGCCCAGCCUAGAGCACUGUGAGCUCACAUUCUCCCCCGGCUCCGGAUGGCGCUCCUGGAAGCUCUGCAGCCAGUCUCUACUUCAAAUGGGUGAGUUCAAAAACCUUUCUAACCUCGGAAUCCAGCGCUUCCCCCAAACCCCAUCUCUUAGGAUUGUUGCAUGUGGCACGCUUGCCCUGGGGGAAGGUAGAUGCAUAUUUUCCUCUCCUCAGUCAAGCGUGCUAGUUACAAAUGAAAGGUUUGAAGAGACGUUUAAUUCCAAUUGCAGAUUGCUUCCUUUCUUUUCCGAACAGAACUGGAUAGUUCUGAGCCUAUUCAUAUUAUUUUCCAAUUUGGUGAGUGAUUUUACCCAAAGCUGCAAAGUUUUCUUUGAUACAACAGGCAUUUACAUGUUCAGGUAUGUGUGUGUGUGUGUGUGUGUGUGUGUGUGUGUGUGUGUGUGUGUGUUGCGUAUACAGGGCUGUAUGGAGACAGAAAUGGAUCUAAAUUUUGUGAAGGGAAGAGGCAUGGAGAGCGAGGAGGUAGCCACACUGGACCACCUGUUUGCUGCAUUUUACUCCUGUGUCCGCAACCGAGAUCGCCUGUCAUUUUUAUUUAUUUAUUUAUUUUGCUUUGUUUUGUUUCAAGAAAGAAAGGAAGAAUUGUGUUGCGCUCCCCUCAGUCCCUGAGACCCUAACUUGUGAUGUUUACCGUUUAAAUCCACGGGUUAGGCUCUUGGGAGCUGCGAGUCGUGCCUUUGCAUCGCUGAAGGAACUUUUUGUCUUUUAAGGAAGGAAGGAAGGAAGGAAGGAAGGAAGGAAGAAAGAAAGAAAGAAAGAAAGAAAGAAAGAAAGAAAGAAAGAAAGGAAGGAAGGAAGAAAGAAAAGUUUGUCCGAGUGAUGGGAAUACACCUCUGAGGCUUCCAUUGUUAGGUGGGAUCAGGUGACCAGAGUGUGGCAGCUCCUGGAUUCUGUGAAAGUAGGCACAGGAUGUUAGCAUCCCAUGUUCACUGCUAUGGAUGCCUGUGUAUAUGGCUAAUACGGAGGCUGCUGGAUCUAUUCCUUGAGAGCAACACACAGUACUAUCGGAGCGUAAUACCAACAGCUCAGUGCCUGGUGCUUGGCCUCAGAACAUCUCAGCUGAAGUCCCAGCAUGCCCCAUGCCUCCAACUUUUAAGCUCAACAGUUAAUCUCAAAAUUGUGCCCAAUUAAAAUGGGCAGGAGAAUGUAUUUCCCUCUGCAUUGUCUACACGUGUGUUCUAUGUGACUAGGUUUUCCUGACGUAGUUCCUCGAACACCACUAGUCUGGACUAAAUGGAGAGGUUAAAUAUUCAACUCUUAAUAUUCAAUACAAAAGGAGGGAAUCAAGAGAUCAGGAAAGAUAAAAUAUGUGUUACUUUGCAAGAUUUUGUGAGAACAAAAAAAAAAUGGAAGGAAGAGUUCUCCCUCCUUGGUUUGGUACCUCUUUAAAAAUGUUAUACACAAUGGGUUUUUAAAUGAAGGAGAUAGAUAUAUAUUUUCUAAAUAUUAUGGAAUGAAAGAAGCAACUGGGCACAUUUGGUAUUAGCGCAUUCUUGGGGCGGAGAGGGGGGGGUCAAUCAAUGUCCAUGACUUUGCUUUAGAAAUUAGAAAGAUUGCUAUCAGGAUUUUAAUUCACCCCGACAAAGUUAUUGGUCAUAGCAAACCAAAUUUCAAAAUGAUCCUCUCUCAGGGCAAUUGUUAGCAUUUUCCCCACUUUGUAGUUUUCUGAGAUUGUAACUUUUCACGGCAGGGUAGCUGCAGUGUCUCAGGUCUGCCUCACAUAGGAGAGAAGGACUGGGAGGCUUACCUUUCCUUUGUUGUAGAAAACUCCGGGCGCACGGUUCCCUUUAAACAGUUUCACUCUUCUCAGCCCAACCUUUCUCUCCAUUUUUGGAAAAUACCUAAAUCAACCCAGACACCCAACACCUUCAUCUCUGAAAGAUUUUGGAAUGGCUUGUAGUCUCAUUGUGACACGGAGUGAAAGGUGAAGGAAACGGUUGCCUAUUUUUUAAGCAUUCCUUGCAAUUUUACUCAUUUUACUCCAAACUGCAGUCAAGGAAGCAUUUUUUUUUUUUUUGCACCAGCACGCUGAGCUGAGAAGUGUACAACAACUGUACUAUGUCUUUUGUUGAAGCCUCCCGUGCGGCUGUAAUUUAACUGUUACUUGGCACCACUUGGUAGAAGACGCUUCAAAGCGUACAGUUCUGUAAGAGGUUGCCCGCGAGUUUAUAUAAAGUAAUUAAUGAUUCCCCACCCCAGCCCAGCCAAUGUGUAUGUAUGGCUAUGUGGAAAUGAUGGCGGUACAUCAGCUUAACUUAUGGGUAAUAUAUAUUUACAUCAUGCAUUUGAUAGAAUGGCAGACAUUCGGUGCUUUUGAAGGCAAGAUAUGUACACAGCCUAAUAGAAGAAACGUGGGCAGGAUCAAUAAAGCUAGGAUAGCUGUAAUUUCUCUGUGAUUUCGAAUGAUCGGGCAACGCCAUACAAAUGCUUCUGUUUGUACUCUGAGUCCCUAUGCUUUCGAGUGGAUUCCUCCUGUUUCUCGGAUGUAAAACCGGGCGCCCAGGCAUUCAGAGUGCCUGUGACACCCAGGUUUUUAUAUAUUAGCAGGCAACUUCUUCAUCACAAGGGCAGGUUUCUCAACACUCCCCUCUUCCUCGUGGAGCCCAUCAGCGAAGUUCAGUGAAAUGAAUAACAUAAUUGGUGGUUGGUUCAAUCACUACCAGUCUAGACUAGCCCAGACGCAUCAAUUAGAGGGGACUGUCUUUUAGAGGGAGAGUGUAACCGAAACAAGCAGGGUAUUAUUGAUACUGAUCUUUAAAAGCGAAAAUCCAGCCUGGCAGAUAAAAAAAAAUUAAGACUGGGAGCUGCAGUGGGGGUGCACCGGGGGAAGAAAAGCGACCAAGGGAACUGGAGCUCAGGGCGCAGAAGGACAGGAAGCUGGAGAGAAAGGGAGGGAUAAUGAGUGGAACGCUGUCCUGUGCCUCCUUGGAGCAAGUUACAAUUCAGUUCACAGGGUGCAGAGGCUCACCAUAUUUUUACCUAGCUGAAACACACACACACACACACACACACACACACACACACACACACACCUCCUUUAAAAAGUCCUUUUUUUUUGUCUGUUCAAAGCCAAUGCAGUUGAAAUUUAGCAGCUUAAGAAAGCCCACUGAUAAGAGGAACCAGCCGAAACCUGUUCUGUGAUAUCUUUUCCCCUCAAAGAAAAACAGAAAAAUACAGAAAACGCUUAAUUUUCAAAUCUCUAACUCUUUCUUUCUCUCUUUCUUUCUUUCUUUCUUUCUUUCUUUCUUUCUUUCUUUUGAGGAGGCAUGCUAGGGUAACAGUAGCUCAUUUUAAAAUCUGGCACCUGGAAUUAAAUUUAGGGACAAAACACCUUUAUGCAAAAAAAAGUUUAUGUUUUUCCAUGGAACACAGUAAAAUCAAAAUUAAAAGAAUAUAACAAAGGCUUUGGUGAUUUGGUAGGAUUUUUUUUUUCCUGGAGGGGAAAACAGAUGACUUGGAAAGUGUUAGGAACAUAUCAAGCCCCAGGGAAAGAAAAACGUUUGAUUGGUAUUAAUUAAAACACUGCUAAUAUAUUCUAAUAAAAUCAGAUUUAACAUUCUAAACUAAUCCGCCUAGCAUGUCAAAGGCAAAGGAAAGUAUUAUCUUUCUUAUUUGCAUCUGGGCAACUCGAAUGCAUUUGCUCAUCCGGCAGAAUUAAUUUCUAUCAGCCGUCUAUUUAAUCUCCUCACAGAUUUAGGCAAACUUAUUCUUCCAGACUAAAAAGGCCCAGGGUGGGGAAACCAUGGAAGGUAUUUGGAAGAGCAGUGACUGUAUUUAGGGCCCGUUUUCUGGCUGACCAUAGCCUUUUCUCUUCAUUCACUAGAGUGGGAUGUAGAGAACAGCAGAGGUUGCAGAAUGAUAAAUGGCUCACGGAGUCUUUUAUUUUUCCUCCCUUCUUUCCUUAUAUUAUACCUGCUGGCUUAUUUUUAAAAAUCCAGUUGCCAAAUUAUGACCAUGGCGUUUAUUUAGUGCUGUCAACCUGUUCAUGAACAUCUAAUUUUUGUUUUCUAAUUUCAGAACCUAUGUCAUCACAGAUUCCUAAUGGAAGGUAGAUAGAUAGAUAGAUGAUAGAUAGAUAGAUAGAUAGAUAGAUAGAUAGAUAGAUAGAUAGAGGUCCUUAUACCAGAAACCCAUCCUUUUUUUCUCAGCUAUUUUCUCUUAAGCUUCUGUCCCAAGGGCCAGUGAGGAAAUGUAAAAUUUCAUUCACCAAGUGCUGAGUCCUUUGUUCUAUUUUUAAGUCAAAUAUUUCUUUGGGAGAAUUCCCUAUUUUCAUGGAGCAUGGAGUUUCAGCUCUGUAUUGCUAAGCUCUCCCAACUGAUAACAUCGUCCUCAGAUGGUAUUAGGGCCAAAAUGUUUUGCCUGUUAUCAGUCUCCUGAACCUGAUAACCCAUGCAAAUAUGAACCUAACACACACACACACACACACACACACACACACACACACACACACACACACACACACAAAGAUGAAUGGGCCGGAAAUGCUGAGCCUGUUUGGGUGUGUUUGCACAAGGAGGGGGUCUGCAGGCUGAGGAGAGGUAGACUGCCUGCAGUCUGCACCCCGGAGGAGGUGGCUGCAGAGCUCUUCCUCCAUUGCCUUUUCAAGUCUUCAAGGUAAAAGAGCAACCUCACUUUGGUUUCACUUGUAUUGUUCUAUAAUCCAGGCAAUAAAUGCUAAUUAGCAAUGCUCAAGGAUCCGACCAUUCAGAGUAAUUAUCAUAAUUUACUUCUUCCUCGUUAAAGACAUUCCUUGCUGAUUUAAAAAAAAAAAAAUCAAGUCAUCCCGUCCCCCAUUGCAUGACCGUGAGUAUUCACUGGAGAGAUGUCCAAGGUGCACUCCGAGCCUCACGGCUGCAUCUGAAGUCACCGACAUGUGCCUUGGCUUAUUCCAAGAGGAACUGCGACUUAAUUUCUAAAGGGGAAUUCAUGUAAAUGCAUCGAAUUCCGCACACAUGUGCCAGGAAUGUAUGAUUUUAUUUUACAAACCCCAAGGCUCCUCCUUCCGGGCCCCCCCCCCUUUUUUUUUCUUUCUAAAACCACUUAUGAGCAGAACAAAGGAAAGUACUAACUGUGGAGGCAGCAUUAAAUGUGAGCAGUCACCGCACCGUAAAGUGCGCGCCACGACGGCAUAUUUCACCGUACAAAAGUGCGGGUAAUUCAAUAAUGCAGCAGCAACGCGGACUAAUUAGCAGAAAGAUCUUUAAGGAGGAAUCAAGAAAAAUGGAUCCAAUCAACUUGGAGAAUAAAUGUGCUUCCUUCUCUGGGAUCUCAAAUAUGUUUCAGCUGUUGGAUGACUGAUUCAUACAGGGCUUGAGGACAAAAGCCAGCCAGCUCCUCAGGGCAGAUCACCUUUAAACACACAAACUGUAUGUGUUAGGUGAGCCGAAUUUAACACGAGGCUUUAUGUUUGGAGUCAGGGGUAGAACAUGCCACCUUGACAUACGUUUUUUUUUUCUUUUUUUCUUUUACCCAUGUAUCUGAGAAAUGCCCAGCCCUUAGGUUUUCCGUUGGCUUCCUCAACGUAUAGGUAGCCUCUCCCACAUUUUCUAAUGAUGGAUGUUGAAGUUCCUUAUUGCUUGAAGCAAGUAAGGAUCAUGUUCACAGUAGAGAUGGAGUAGAGCAACUGUACUCGGUGUCCUCCAGGGUCACCACUCCCCCCACCCUAUUUCCUUUGUCUAGGUGCUAUCCUCAGUGUUCAGUGUUCAUUGGUCCUUUGAGUGGGAGCUCCAGUUUUAACCUGAGGGCUAUAAGCCCAUUGGAGGAAUAAUUCCUGUUGGAUACUGUACAGAGAAGCCACCUGCAAAAUGUUGAUGCUGUUAUUGAAGUCUCAAGUGGAAUCAGCUUUCAAAAAAUUAGAUAUUAGAUACAUCCGAUAUAAUUUGCAAUCUGUAAUUAGACUAAUGUGCGUAUGGCUGCACUUUGCUUACAUGUAGCCCUACUUGAGUUUGCCCCCCACCCCCACUCCCACCCCCAUCCUUGGGCAUGUCUCAUCACUUGAAAUUGCUCCUGAGUAGGACGCUUUUUAAGCCAGCUCAUUUUUUUUAAUUCCUCGUUAAUUAAUACGAGAAUAAAAAGGACUUUACAUCCCGUAUGCUUCCAUGAGAACGAAAGCGGAAAACCUAGAUGUUGCAAACUAAUGAUCUUUCGAAGGGUUUGUCACUGGAGAAAUCUGAAUUCUUUUGCAAAAUAUUUUGCAGUUCUUUGCGAAUUUGGUCCUCAUCCUGACUCUGGAGAACUUGGAAACACGGAGAACAACAGAAUAGUAAAUAUUACACAUAAGGAACCCAUUUCCUUUGUUGGGAUUGGAGAAAUGGCAUUUGCCAGAGAUGAUGGUUUUUAAUCUAAUAAAAGCAAUCAAACCAUUAACAAUAAUAAACAAUUCCUUUUCUGUUUUUUCCUCCCUCCAUUUUGCAUGUCACGAGAUGAGUAGCUGAGAUUCUUAUGCACUAACAUCAGUUCCCUUUUGGGGGCCUCAACACGGUUCCAGAGAUCUACUGGUGGCUCCACUGGGGAGCCCCCCUCCAGCAAGCUGCCCCCCUGAAGAUCUACCUAUUAAGAAAAAGCCCAGGCAGAGCACAGUGAGUUGGCUGGUCAGCCUGGUACUUGCCAUUUGCCGUGUAUGCAGUAGGUGGUGAGUUUGUCGAGACGAGCUUAGAGAAUUGUUACUGAGGAAGGCUCUAUGAGGUCCUAAGGUUUUUGCUUCUUCAUUCAAAUUACAAAAGGGAUCUCAAGAGACCCUUGCAUUGAACAGAUGAAACUACUCCGCUCCUCAGGGCAAUUAGGUAGGUAUAGAACUUGAAGAGCAAAGCUGUACAAUUUCUAACUCAUGACGAACAUGUGAAACCUGUCCGUUCUUCUACUGUUCACUUCAUAUCCAUUCCUCAAAAUUCCUUUUAAUAGUGCUUAUAGUAUAUGUGUAUAUAUAUAUAUAUAUAUAUAUAUAUAUAUAUCAUCUAAAAGCCAUUUUUGCAUGUGUUGGUUGUAUAGAACAUCAAAGCAAUAUAUAGCUUUUUUCUUGUUUUUUGAUUUUCUCAUAUAUUCUUGGGCUUUCCAUUAUUCACUACCUAUAUGAAUCACAGAAGUACUACAUGUACUAUCUUUUCUUAAUACAAUACAUGCUAAUUUAUUCAUGAAUGGGUAUUACAUGCAUGCCAAAUCUUAGCAUCCUCAAUACCAAUGAUUACAAAAUACAUUGCCCAGGCACAAUAUUUACCCUAAGUCCUUUUACCAGUUAGAUGCCUCUUCUAGAGAAUCAGCAUCCUCACAUACUCGAAGUGUUUAAUGCAGUAUGUGCCGUGGUGUAUCCCAUUCAGGGAGCCUAGCUCAUUGAUGCCUUUCCAUUGUGUGAGUAUGAAAGAGAAGUCUAUGUCAAAGGCUUUCGUUAACUAAAAACCACCUGCAAAUACAUCUCAUUCAUAACAACUCCUGUAGAGUAGGAGAGAAACAUUAAUACCCCUCUUCUCAAAUAGCCUUAUCUGUGGGGUGAGUCGAGUAGGUCGGGCUAGGUGGGGUCUCAGCUUUUGCAGCUCUCAGGGUCACUGAAGCUAUUUCAUAGUAUAGGGGCAUUAGACGCAAGGCCAGAACCUGUGAACCAAUUUGCCCAUUUGUACCAUCAGUUACCCUUUAAAGCUUCUUCUGAUUCCACCUCAGGGUCAGUAUUUAUUCGUCUGUUUUACCCUGUUGAGGAGGCACUAAAGAUUGGAGUUUAUUUUCAGGAAGGGAUGAUGACAGGAAAGCAACAGCCUAGGGGCAAAAGAAAAGACAAGAAAAAGACGGCUUCCCAAUGGGAGAAGUGAGUUCUUGAUCCCAGUUUCAAACUCACAUCCUUCAACAUUGACUUUAGAAGAUAUCCAGACAGACGCCUACCUUUAUGUUUUAGGCCACACCCUCUCCCCCAGCCCCUCUGCUCUCCAGUCAUUUCUUGUGGUGUGGUUUAUUCUCUCCAUUGGAUCGGCCCCUUUACGUUCUGUGUUUCUUGUUCCUCUUGGUUUAUUUGAAUUGUGGCCAUGUUCCUUUCGUGAGCCUACAAUGGUCUCUUGACCACAACGCACUUCCCAAAUGAGGCACUGGCAUGUUCAAAGCCACCUGGAAAUGAACCCAUCUCCUUUUCUCAAACUACCCAGAAUGUAAAACCCCUUCAUUUAUUAAGCCAGACUGGAUCCCCUGGUCCCCACACCCUUGAUAUACUUACAGCUGACUAAUUUCCUUCCUGUGUGCCCCAAUAUUCUAGGAACUCCUGCCCUCCUUCAAUACCCUCUCCCUUCUUCCCUUUCUCCUACCCUCUCUCCUCUUCCUCCAUCCAUUUCCUCUCCCUCCUUCCCUUUUCUUUUUCCUUUCUCUUUCUCACUACUCCCUUCCCUCUCUUCUUCUCUCCCACCUCCCUCCUUCUCCCUCAGUCUCUUUCAGUACCAUGUGACAAGUUCAAUGGCCAGCACUGGAAACACCAAGCUGAAUUCCAGGGGGUCAGCGAUUAGCACCCAACAAUUCCAGUGCCUUCAUUCACAUUUGCAUUGCUAAGCAGUUAGGCACCUACAACUAACUUAGUUUGCCUUCAUUCCUAGGACUUGUUUGACUGUGCUCUGUGUCCCGUGAUCUUUUGCUCUGUUCCUGUGUGUCCUGUUUCAGGGAGGGUAGACCUGCAUCUUUCUUCUUUGUACACACUGGGACAAGACGACUGCUUCAUUGAUUCUUGAGCAAGAGGAACCGUGAAAGAAAGCCAAUUUUUGAUGUUGAAGUGACGUAGCAUUUCUGCUGUAGUUGGAAAUAGCACUGUCUCUCCAGUGUCCCAAAUUCACUUCCAUUAAACGGUCGAUGUGAUAAAUGUCUGUGACAUGUUCUAUUACCUUUCUAGUUGUUCCUGUGUUCCUUUCAGCUGGCCCUAUAACCCCCUUUCUCAGGAAUGUCUCCCCAGUGAAAGGAAAAAAAAGACUGCAGAGACUGCAGACUGAUGGACGCUCGUGCCAACCCAUGGAGUUGAAACAAAGCAAGUGACCAGCUGAGGAGGCCCCUCCUGCCCAUCAGCCACCCACACGGUGCAGUUGCAGCUAACAGUAAUCUUUGCAAGAAACAGAGAAAUCCAGAACACCCAUGAGUCAAAAAUGUCCCUUUCCUUGUGUGUAUCCCCCUGUCUUCAUUCAGAUUGGUGUGCCUUCCAUUUUGAUCCUGGUACGCAUCUGCUUUUUAGUCAGCAAGUGUCAAGGCAACUUUGCCCACGUGUGUUCAUGUAUGAAGAGACUACAUUUUCUGGGGAGAGAGAUUUUGAUCAAAACAUAGUGCUCUUGAGAGUGAUCUAGAAAGUGAAAAGCAUUUUGGAAGGACAGCAAAGCCGUCACAGGCGAUCCACCGAGAUGCUCAUACCACCAUGCAGAAACACCACACCAUGUCCCCAGAGUCUGAGCAGCAAGCUUGGCUCUGUGACAUAUGGCGGCUGCUUCCGAGGGUGGACAUCAAGCUAGAUGAAGGUACAGAAGCAACCUAAAAUGUAGUGAUAAACUGAGUCAGGAGACAGUAAGAACACGAAAGACAGUGUGCUUGGAGGAGGCCAAAUUGGUUUGCUUAAGGAAGGACGCUCCCCUGAAGAGAGAAUAGGAAAUAAAACUUGAAAGGAUGUGAAAACAAAGUUAGAUAUGUGGAAGAUAGGAGAAAAUAGAGUCCUGAGGGCAAACAUAACGGUGAGCAAUGGGAUGGCAGAGGAGAUCCACAUGGUGCAUUUUGGAGACUACACAUCCUCACCUUAACUUGAUUUCACCUGACCUUUGGAACCCCUGUCUGUGUGUCUGGUAGAGAUGCUACAUACAGGUAACUCCCCUCUCCCACCCCAGUUGUCACUUAAACCAAACUAGACCUAAAGUUCCAGUUCUAUGUCACUACAGGGGUGAAGGUGAUUGAUUGGUGGUACCUACGUAGAAUUCCUGAUUUUUCUGUUCAUAGUUGAUUGUUACCAAGUUUAUUCCACACAGGAACUUUUUUACAUAUUAAAUCUCAUGGUAGCUAUGAAAACUACACACCACCCACACUUUGAGGACAAUGAAACUAGUUUUGGUGAGGUUGAGUGCCUGGCCCAGGUGCUACAUGCAGCUAUGCACGUUCAAGGUUGUUGUGGUCAUGAAACUCAGUCCCUAGUCAGACUUUUGUGAUGAGUCCCAACACAGUUGUCACCUUUUCCAUAGCUCUUAAUGCCCGUCUACAGAUAUACAUGGCUCUUCUGCUGACUUAUGGCCACCAUGUCUCCUACUUUUGUAGCUGAAUUGUACCAGAGUGAUAAAAACAUAUUUCCAUGGAAGAAAAUUGAGAACUUAGUGAAGUACACUGCCUGCCUGCAGUUUGUACAUUUCCUCUUGAGUUUGGUCUGAUAUGAGACUUUCGAUUUAGUUCUGCCUGAAACCUCAGUUUUAAGAGCAGUAAGGCCAGGGCCUUAGGUUACCUGUUAACAGUAUCUUUUUGACAGAAAAUGUAAAUCUACAGCCUGUAAUCAGAGUGACUUACAAACAAACAAACAAAACCAAAAAGAACCAAACAAACAACCACCCCCACCAAACAAUAAAACAAACAACCGCCCUCCAUACACACACAUACUUGGAAGUGGCCCAACAAAGACCCAAAACUAAACCCUCAUUGUUUAUCUUUCAGUGGCUUUUAAAUUACUCUACCAUUUCCUAAAGAAACAUGAACUGGUACUUGGUUAAAGGCACAAACGCUGCAUAGAGUGAAUCCAGUAGAAUCUAGUUCCUUCCCUCCUUGGCAUUGAUAUCAAUGUUAAAUACAGCUAUGAACUAGUGUAUUUAAGUCAAGAAGUUGUCAAUGAUUUGUCUCCAAGGAACACAAAAUAGCCAAAGUCGUACGUAUACUCUAUCUUUAAUUCUUCCAAUCAUGAAGUCAUUAGUACACCUGCACCAAUCCAGUCUUCCAUUGUACAUCUUCUCAACCAAUCUGACCAAUGGCAAUCAUUUGCAAGUGCUAUAAAUGUCUAUCUAUGGCUGUUUCAGGAACGAAUACCACUAGUCAUUUGCUGGUGUAACUAAUUCAAGACAACUUUGACCAUAAAAACCUAGAACUAAAAAUCCCAUUCUGGCUUUCAGCCACUCUGCAUUUGAUUGACAUUUAACAGUGAUUACUAAAUUGCCCGUAUAGAUAAUUGUGAUUUUUGUCUUCAAUGAGACAGUUAAGCUGGGCAGGCUAAGGGACAGACGUCUAACUUUUUGAGGUACCUGGAUAUUUAGCUGAUGUAAUUUUCUUUUAGCUGUUUGACAUUGUCAUAUAUAGUCCUGCUCAUGGAUCUAUCUUAUUUUUUUCAAAAUGCUUGUUGGCUCUGCCUAACACUGUCCCCACUGAUCUGGAUCUCAUAAAUGAACAGGUUUGUUGUUAAAGAGUAGCCCAAGCACCAAGUGUGAUGUUGUUGAUGUUUUACAAGACUUUCCUUGGUCCCUGACUCCCAAUAAAAGAAAUGUUGCAUUAACUGUGAA